AUCAUAGAUCACAUGAGCGCUAUGUCAAAUAAAAUGGAAGACACAACAACAGUGGGCAGCACUCCUUUGGUAUUGAGGACUCUGAACACAAGUGAGCAGAGAAGAAAAACCAUGAGUACCAUUUCCAAGGAUUCCUUGAAGACUUCCCUGCUGCAGUUGGAAUGUCAUUUUACAUGGGAUUUGCACAAGGAGGAUGUAGUUCUUGAGACCCUAGAGGAAACAAUACUUGAUCACAUCAAGUUUGUCAAAGAAUGCAACAUUACAGAUUAUAAUAUACUCUCCUAUGUAUGUCACUUAAAGAAUUCAAAUGAGGAAGGCCUGAGAAAUCUCCAAAAAGCUGAAGAAGCUAUUCAAGAACAUCAUCCAGGGGAAAUUGCCAGGAGAAGUCUUGUUACCUGGGGGAACUAUGCCUGGAUCUAUUACCACAUGCAGAGAUAUGAAGAAGCUCAAACGUAUGUAAGCAAAGUGGAAAACAGCUGCAAAAAGCUUUCAGGCACUGCUCUUGGGAAGAUUCAACUUCCAGAGGUCUGUGCUGAGCAAGGAUGGGCAUUAUUACGUUUUGGGCGGAGUUACUUUGAGAGGGCAAAGAAUUGCUUUGAAAAUGCUCUGACGAGUGAGCCUGAUAACCCAGAUUUUAAUGCUGGCUAUGCAAUAGCAAUGUUUCGCUUGGAUAGUUUCACUGAGAGGUACAAUGAAGAGACAUGGCCAUGCCUUGAGGCCUUGAAGCGGGCAGUGGAACUCAAUCCCAAUAACACCACCCUUCUGGCAUUACUGGCAUUAGAGCUUCAGCGAUUAAAACGAGGCGCUGAAGGGGAGAGGUACAUUGAAGAAGGGCUGCAGAAAACCCCUGAUUUUCCUCUUUUCCUGAGGUAUGCUGCCAGUUUCUACAGAAAAAAAUCAGAACUAGGCAAGGCAGUGAAUAUUUUGAGGAAGGCCCUAGCACUGACACCAAAUUCUGUCAUUGUGCAUCAUCAACUAGGACUCUGCUACAAAUUGAAGAUACUUCUAAUGAAUAAGACAAGAUACCCACCUCAAGAGGAAGUGGAGAAUCUUAUUGAGCUUGCCAUUUUUCAUUUAAAAACUGUGAUAGACAAAAAGCCAAUGUUUUUUAUUACUUAUAGUGACCUAGGAAACAUGUACGCGCUUGGCAAGAGGUAUAAAGAAGCAGAAGAGAUAUUUCAGAAAGUGCUUCACAGAAAUGACAUACCCUGUGGUGUCAAACAAGAAAUCUACUUCAAUUAUGGCAAUUUUCAGCAUAUUCACAUGAAGUCAGAAUCAAAAGCCAUUGAGUACUACAUGGAAGGUCUGAAAAUGGAAAAAGAUUCCUAUGGAAGAAAACAGUGCAGUGAAGCUGUGGAGAAAUUGUUGAAGCAGAAAAUUGAGAGUGGUUUAGGACAUGCAACAGCUUUUAGUACACUUGGCCUCGUUCAUAAGCUCAAUGGGAAGAAACAAGAAGCAAUUGAAUGCUAUCAGAAAGCCAUUGCUUUGGAUCCCAACAAUGAAGAAUAUCUGAAUGCAUUAGCUGAGCUACAACUUUCCAUCUCAAGCUAAAGCUGCAAAAAUCAC